CGAUCCUUUAUAGAGCGGCACCCCACUGUAGCACUCUUCUAACCGAGCCAGUAAGUUAACCAGCACUUCAUAGCUACACGUUAAACCAUUGGUGUGUUACGAUUUUGCCAUUUCACUGAUACACAGCUCUGCAGGAGUACUUCAAGUCAGAUCCAGUCAUAUCAGAACAAGUACCUCAGUGCAGACAUGGCUCCGCGGAUGGAGGACGUUAUGCGACUGUGCUGUGAUGUAUCAGCCAACCAGCAGAUCAUGGUUGCAGUGAGGAGCUCUGCCAAAGGAGCAGUAGUGGCAGGGGGAUCUGCCUUACUAGGGGGGCUGUUUGGUGGGCCUCCGGGAAUCGCUGUUGGUGGUGCAGUGGGUGGUCUGUUGGGCAGCUGGCUGACCAGUGGCCAGUUUAAGCCUCUUCCCCAGAUCUUGAUGGAGCUGCCCCCUUCCCAGCAGAAGAAGCUCUACUCGGACAUCAUGGCCAUCCUUGGCAACCUAAACUGGACCGAUGCUGCCCAGCUUGUUGCACUGGUGAUGGGCAAUGCUACACUGCAGCAGCAGGUCACGGCUGCAUUGCUCAACUAUGUUUCCAAGGAGCUUAGGGCAGAGGUACGCUACAGAGACUGAGGGGAUUUUUUUUCUUCUUCUUCUUAUUAUUUUUAAUGAGUUGGAUAUAUUGCAUUUCUCUUUCAUUGUCUGCAAACCCUUACUACCAGUAAUUUUACAAUACUGACAGUUGCAUACGAGCUGUGCAAGGAUGGUGAUCAGACAAAACACCCUGGCUCAAACAAAACUUGUUAAUCAAGUCAUAUUUGCUUGGGUCUACGGUGCUUAAAAUUAGUUGUUGCUCUUUCGAGAUAAUUUAUUUGAUUCUAAGACGUAAGGUCUUAAAAUGCACUUUUGUAUGUCGGUAUGGUUAAACAGUAAAUCCACCACCAAAGUGAAAAGGUGCUGAUUUGAAACUGUUGAUGGUUGAAAGGAUUUUUUUUCUCUCCAUGAAGCGAUGUCUCUGUUUUAGGUGCUUGAGGGUUGUUUGUUAUGAAUGAAUAGGAUAAUGAGUGAAAUUUGGCUACAUGACUAAAGAAAUUUUACUUCUGCCAAGUGAACUUGCAGACACAUUUUAAGGAGGAAUUUUACAUGAAGCUUGGAAUUUUCUUUUUUGUACACCUGCAGAACAAGUUUUCAGGUUUCAUCUGACAAUGUCCUACUUGUGCUUCAGGUAUUCAUACGUAAAACUGGCAAUGUCUGUAGAAAUUUUCCCACUAUUCCUGUUUAUAUAGUGUGAACACAUUAUUUUUUUUUUUUGUUAUCCAUAUUUUGUUGUAGACAUACAGAAUUGUACAACUGCCCAACCAAAGUUGUUGCAAUUACACAACAGUCUAACAUUCCCUUUUGCAUUAUAUUGUAAAAGAAGCCGUGAGGGAGGGAUAAUUUGUACACAAAGGCCAGUGUGACAUACAACAUUUGACAUGUUGCAAGUUAUUGCCAAUGCACAGCCAUUUUAUCAAGUGUUCCUGGAUGGAACUUGAGCUGCUUUUUUACAGGUUGACUUCCUUUUUUGCUGUAAGUGUGUUUUUUGUGGCCUGAAUGCAGCAGUGAAGUGUCACAAUACACUUGUUAUUGUUAUCUUCCACAUUAUUCACAAAAAUCGUAUCUUUUACAUCUCUUCUGAGUCAAAAGUUAGUUCUCUGACAACUGAUAUUUGAAUUUUUUUUUGUCUCCCUGACUAGAUUUCUCUGCAGUCUUUUUUAUUUAUUAUUAUCUUGUGAGCUCAAUCUAAUAUGGAUGAAAUCUGUGAAGCACUAUUAAUUCAUUAAUAAAAAAAACUUAUAACCCAGUCAAACAAAAUUACAAUAAUACCACAAAUAAUCUCAACUGUCUUUCAUGUCGGUAAACAUCGCUGAUGGACAUUACAAGUGCGAACAAAACAUGGACUGCAACCCAGCUAGAACAUCAAAUUAACACGGGAACACUUAACAAAUGUCGAUGUGAACAUUUGUGUUCACGAGACGAAAAGAAAAAUUCAAGUGAAAUGGAAAUUCUGUUUGUUUUUCUUUUUAAACCAUACUUGGAACAAGAAGACAGAGGAUGCAUUGGCUCAUCAUGUAGAUUUAAUGCACUGUGUCAGUGUUUCUAUCCAGAAUUUUUACAAUAAAUAGAACAGUUUGAUUGAGAACAAAAAGUGGACGAUUCCUCGAUAAAAGGAUUGAACUCAGGAUUUUUUUUUUUUACAACGUGACUGUUUUAACUACUCAGCAAUACUCCCACUAUCAUCAUUAGCCCCUCAACAAAAGUGCUUUUGAAAAGUUUUUUGUAUUUAAAACUGAAAAUAAAAUUAAGAAGCUGUUGUAUCUUUGACUGUGACCAAUUAUUGUUCAAAAGUCAACAAAUGUCGAUGUGGACAUUUGUGUUCAAGAGACUUUUUUUUUAAAGUAAAAUGGAAUUAUUCUUUUUUAUAAACCAUACUUUGAACAAUAAAACAGAGGAUGCAUUGGCUCAUCAUGUAGAUCUGAUGCACCACGCAUGGUUUUUAUCCAGAAUUUUUACAAUAAAUUGUUCAGAUUGAUUGAGAACAAAAACUGGCCGAUUCCU